AUUUCUGUUAAAAACAUGAAGUCGAUGCGGAAGACGUUGUUAACAAAACCAAAAGGGCGGUACGUUUUAAUUUUGCAGUUCUAUAAAUCAUUUUGGGUGGUGGUAUCGGGCGGAGAUUACACGGUGAAUUGUUUUAGUCAAAAUAGCGCCGCGUGUUCAUUCGACCAUCAGGCCGCCGUAACUGUGAGUUGCAUUGCUUGCUUGCUUGCAGAUGAAAGUUUUGAUGAGACAAUGUAUAUGUGCCUAAUUGCCAAGCAAUUUUUAUCUGCUAGGACAGUAGGGAAACGGCUUUCAUGCUCUCUCUGGAAAAAUUUUUCCACAAGUAGUCAAGACUAUGCUCGAAUUGUUCCCUCUGCUCUUGAAGCAGUCAAAGAUAUUCCUGAUAACUCAAAACUCUUAGUUGGAGGUUUUGGUUUAUGUGGAAUCCCAGAAAAUUUAAUAAGUGGAUUACUGGAAACUAAAGUCAAAGGUCUUACUGUUGUCAGCAAUAAUGCAGGUGUUGAUGAUUUUGGAUUGGGGUUGUUAUUACUACAAAAGCAGAUAAAACGCAUGAUUUCUUCCUACGUGGGUGAAAAUAAAGAAUUUGAGCGUCAAUAUUUAUCUGGUGAGUUAGAAGUCGAACUUACACCCCAGGGUACACUAGCAGAGCGCAUUCGUGCUGGAGGAGCUGGUAUACCAGCCUUUUUUACACCAACUGGAUAUGGCACUUUGAUACAUAAAGGUGGUGCGCCUAUUAAAUAUAAUGCUGACAAAACUGUCGCUAUUGCCAGUCAGCCACGUGAGCAUCGUGAAUUUAACAAUCGUCAUUAUAUAAUGGAGGAAGCUAUCACUGGAGACUAUGCACUUAUUAAAGCUUGGAAAGCUGAUAAGUUGGGAAAUCUCAUAUUUAGAAAAUCUGCUCGAAACUUUAAUGCGCCGAUGGCACGUGCUGCAAAAAUGACAAUUGCAGAAGUGGAGGAAAUUGUAGAUAUCGGCAGUUUUAGUCCAGAAGAGAUUCACAUACCGUGUGUGUACGUAGACAAACUUGUAUUGGGAGAGAAAUACGAAAAAAGAAUAGAGAGAUUAACUUUAUCCCAUGCGCAUGAUGAAUCAAAACCAAAAUCAGACGCAGCAUUACUCCGUGAACGAAUCAUUAGAAGAGCCGCAUUAGAAUUUGAAGAUGGAAUGUAUGCUAAUCUUGGAAUCGGCAUGCCAAUGUUAGCAAGUAAUUAUAUUCAUCCUGAGGUUAAUGUGGUACUGCAAAGUGAAAAUGGUAUACUUGGCUUGGGCCCAUUUCCUCGUCCUGGAGAACAAGAUCCUGAUUUAAUUAACGCAGGUAAAGAAACAGUCACAAUAACUCCAGGAAGUGCAUUCCUCGGCAGCGAUGAAUCAUUCGCAAUGAUAAGAGGUGGUCACAUUGAUCUGACAAUGCUUGGUGCUAUGCAAGUUUCACAAUUUGGAGAUCUUGCAAAUUGGAUGAUACCAGGAAAGAUGGUGAAAGGAAUGGGUGGUGCAAUGGAUUUAGUGUCAAGUUCUGGAACGAAAGUUGUCGUUGCAAUGGAACAUAGCGCCAAGGGUGGUAAGCAUAAGAUUCUUGAAGAGUGUGACUUACCUUUGACAGGGAAAGGUUGUGUAGAUAUGAUCAUCACUGAGAAGUGUGUUUUUGAAGUUGACCCUGUAAAUGGUUUAACAUUGACCGAGAUCUGGCCGACAAUUGGCAUACCUGAUGUUCAAGUAUCGACUGGCUGUCAGUUUCAUAUUUCAAAAGAUCUGCGAGAAAUGCAACAAAUCGACUAACCAACACGAAACGUACUGUUGCUGAAAUAAUAAUAUCAAAGUUAUCGACAACAAUGUUAGCUUAAAUAGUCGCGUAAAAGUUGUAUUUCUUACGCAUGCGUUGACAGCGAACUCACUCAUUACUGUGAAAAAAUGUAUGAAUUCGACUCAUAGAUACGACAAUAUACUUUUUUAAUUGUUGACAUUUAUAUAAGCAUCUAGAGUUUUUACAGUGAACAAAAUCUUUUGAUAUUAGAUCACGUAAAUAUGAGGAUUCAAUAAACAUAACGAUGUCAAAAGACGCGCAAAAAACCCAACAAAUUAUCAGUUCAAACUGUUUGGACUAAAAUGCUCGGUACCCCAAGUAAUUAAAGGCUUUUAUUUCGUGGCGUAAGGCCGCUGAGUACGUAGUUUAUAAUUUAACAUAUCUGUACGUCACUGUCAUCAGACUUUUCGCCAUUCUUCGAAUCAAAAUUUAUUACAUAUUUUCGUCUUCUUUAAAGGAGGUAACGCCAUAAACGAUAAACAGAAGACAUGGCUUAAGUGAUUAUCGAAUUUUCAACGUAUUUAAUUAGAACUAAACAUUUUUAUAGCUACGUAUGUGUAACUUUUAAGCAGUAUGUCGGAUUGUGUUAUUUUGUGGUAUAAUAGUCCUACUUUGUAUACAACUAGUUGUGUGUUCGUCGUACUUUGUAUACAACUAGUUGUGUGUUCGUCGUACUUUGUAUACAACUAGUUGUGUGUUCGUCGUACUUUGUAUACAACUAGUUGUGUGUUCGUCGUACUUUGUAUACAACUAGUUGUGUGUUCGUCGUACUUUGUAUACAACUAGUUGUGUGUUUGUCCUAGUGUGUAUAUUUCCACAAUGAAUAUCAAUUGUAAAUAA